UGUCCUGAGUCUUCCUGGCCAGGCGGGGCGUUCUUUGUAUUCAGUUGAAUUUCAAGUGACGGUCGAUGAGUUUGUGCAGCGUACGAGCUUAGUUCAGUGACAGGAGUUAGGGUAGCGACAUUGUCUACAGGCAGCGAAAUGGCAGUGAACACAGGUACCUCUCUUGUAUUGUCCUCCUUACUUUCACUGCUGCUAUUUGCUGGAAUGCAGAUGUACAGUCAACAGCUGGCUUCAUCUGAGUGGUUCACCAUUUUGGGUGGAUUUCUUGGCUCCGGACUUAUCUUUUCCCUCACUGCCUUCAAUAAUUUAGAAAAUCUUGUCUUUGGAAAAGGAUUCCAAGCAAAAAUCUUCCCAGAAAUUGUAAUCUGCUUGUUUCUAGCACUCUUUGCCUCAGGCCUGGUCAGAGUGUGUGUUACUACUUGUCUGAUUUUCUCUCUCUUUGCUCUGUUCUACAUCAACAAAGUGUCUGCUGCUCUCUACCAGGCUUCAGUCCCUGUAAUGACUCAAACCAAAGCAUCAGCGAAGAGCAAGAAGAAGAAUUAAUUCUACUAUGCAGUGAAUUAAAUGUACAUUUUACAUUCGAUAGACCUAAUGGGGUUCUAAAAAAUCAAUAAAUUUACUUUUGUUAUUUAAGUACAAUUGGCAAAAUUUUUCAUAUGUUAAAAGGUUGCAUAAACAGCACAUUUAUAGUUGUUUCUCUGCUGACUAACUUUUUGUAUUCAGUGACUCGGGCGCUAGACUGUAAAACUACCCCAGGUUGGAACCUGUAUCUUGCUGUACUGGGGCACAUUUGGGACUGAAACUUUAAGAUAUCAUGCAUAUUAUUUCACUGAAUUCUUCAUUAUUUCAAAUUGUAUAAUUCCUAGCAUCUUAUCGCCUUACUUCUCGCAAUGUUUAGAAGUCUUAAAGAGCUGUCCUAACCUUUCUUGUCACCAGAUUGAGGGAAAUGUGUCAUUAUGUCACAAUUUCUAGCUGAAAAAGUAUUUAAAUAUUACUGUACAAAUGCCUCGUAUUGAUAGUUAUUAUAUCUUGAAGAAGGAAUUAUGCUCAGAUGUAAAAUUUUCAGUUUCAGACACCCAGGCCUGAUUCCUAGCUUCCCCAGUGUCUGAAUGAAGUUUAUACAUUCCACUUGUUGUUACUCUAGUUUCCACUGUGACCUCCAAAGGUGAACAGAUUAAGUUAAGUGGAGACACUAAAUUGAUGGUAAAUCCAUGUGUUAGUGUGACUUCUGAUGAUUUUAAUGUAUUUGCUCAGAAAGCAGGUUCGGCACAUUUGCAUUAUCCAAUGUUAUGGUUAUUGCAGCUUAUUUUUUUUCUUUUUGUGAAGCCAGAUGGCUGGCCUGCUGUUUUAUAAGUACUGGCCCCUCUGUAUCACAGACUGAACUUUCCACAUACUGUGAUUUAUUCAGCUGGAUUUAUGUCGCAUCCUCCUGACAUUAAUUAGGGAAAAAACAUGUAUUUAUUGUAAGUAUUCUUUAGACUCCUAAUAUGAGAGACCUCUGCAAGUACUGUUUAUUCACAACAAUUACGUAACUCUGAACAUUGCUAUGAAUUUGGAAAUAAUUGAACUCUAGUCAGUUCACUUGGCAUGUUUGGUGAUUAUUGGUUGCUUUUGAUUCCCUGGGUGAUGGAUCUUCUGUGAUUAGACUUGAAGUCACUACCCUGAGGCCAUACUGAGGAAAAAAAAAAAAAAAACAGAAGAACAA